CGCGCUUUGCCAGUGUCUACAGCGGUACCACAAAUGUCAAGCACUUAAUUCAUUGGAAGAACCCGCCAAAACCAGCCAUCAGUUCUCGCACCUGAGCUUCCUCACGUGCCAUGCCAAAGGAAAUUGUGACACUGAGCUUUGGGAGCUAUGCGAGCUUUGUUUCGGCGCACUACUGGAACCUGCAGGAUGAGGCAGCCGGCUACAGCGGCCGGGAGGGCUGGUCUGAGUAUGCGGAUUGUGUGGACUACGACACGCUCUUCUCUUCAUCUGAGGGCCGGAACGGCGCCAUGACGUACCGGCCGCGUGCAGCUUGGUUCGACCUAGCCGGCAGCUCCGGAGGGGCAUCCCACCGUGCCGAAGCAGCUGCAGCAGCUGCGGCGGCGGCGGCGGCAGGCGGAGGCGUUGCGGCGGUUCCCACUUGGACUGGCGGCGUGGAUGUGCAUCGGGCGGCGCCGGUGGCACGUAGCGCCUUCGCGGCGACCCUGGAACAGCACGAGGCUCUCGACUGGGACACCCUGGACGAGGCGGAGGCUGCCAGGCAGCAGGCAGUGCUGGAGGAGGCGGCGCGGCUACUCGACCCCGCGGCAGCAGCGGCGGCGGCACGCCGCCGCACAGGCGGCGCCGGAACCUCGUCAGCGGCAGCGGCGGGGGCGCGGCACUGGACAGACUUUUGCAAGGUGCUGGUCAGUCCGCGCAUGGUGGUGUCGCUGCCGGGCUCCUGGAGCGGCCCCUCGGAGCAUUCGCUGGCGGCGGGCUGGGGCGCGGCGGCGGGCGGCCUGUUGGGCGGCGGCGGCGGCGGCGGGCUGCAGAUGGUGGAGGAGGGCGUGGACGUGGUGCGGCUGCUGGCGGAGGCGUGCGACAGCCUGGCGGGCUUCCAAAUCCUGGUAGAUGAUCAGACCGGCUUCGGCGGCUAUGCCGCCGCCGUGCUGUCUGAGGUGGUCGAGGACUUCCCCGGCCGGCCGCGAGUGCUGUUCUCGCUGAGACAGCCAGGCGCAUGGGCGGGCGCAGCAGACGUCGCGGGUCCGGGGCUGCCGGUUUCGACGGCGCAGAUGACUGCGCGCGCCAGGGACGAGUUGAGCGAGGCGCUGGCGCUGUGCCGCAUGAGCGAGCUCGCCUCAUUGUACAUCCCGCUGGCGGCGCCUGCCGUACAGCUGUCUUCGGCGCUGCCGUACAUGUCGUCAUACAACCCGGCACUGCCGUUCCACACCAGCGCGCUACUGGCGGCGGCGGUGGAUAGUGCAAUGCUGCCCACACGCCUGACUGGCCGGCGCACCCCGCUGGGCGAGUCAGUGGGUGUCAGUGACCUGCACUCCCUGAUACAGCUGCUGCGCCCCGCCGCCGCCGGCCUGGCAGCGCUGCACCUGUGCCUGCCCUGCCCCUCCCUUCCCGCCGACCUCCAGCAGCUUCAGCGCCAGCUAGAUACACGCAUCCGGCCGCCGCACGACUCCACCGCUGUCACAGCCGCCGCGGCCGCGGCCGUGGCAGCCGAGGCGGCGAUGCAUCCGAGAGGCGGCGGAAACCGCGGCACGGCGGCGGCUGCGUCACAGCCGCGGUUGGUGCGGGGCGAGUCAGUGUACGGCAGUACGGCGCAGCUGACAGGCUUGGAGCAGCUGGCCAGCCUGACGCCGGGCAUCAGCGGGCGGGACGAUACGGCGCUGCGGGGGGGCGGCGCCAGCCGGGCCGAGAGCUACUGCCUGCGAGGCGCGCGCACCGACGCCGGCCCUGCCUCCACCGCGUCCGCCCUGGAGGCCCUGGACUCGCUGCUGCGGCGGCGGGCACACCGCAUGUGCGUGCGCCACCGCUGCGCUACGCCCAUGCCUCUGGCCCUGCCGCUGCCCUUCCCGGACCUCUUCUCGCCCGUGGUUUCCCUGCACGGCGACAUCAUGCUUUCGUGUGACGACGGUGGCGGAGGCAGAGGCAGCGGAACCAAGGUGACAGACGCGGCGGCUGGUGGCGCAGGGAACGGGCUGCCGGGUUCAGUGAGCACCCGCGCGGCGGCGGGCGCGGCAUCUGCCUCGGCGGCCAGCGCGGCCCUCACAGCAGUGCCCGUGGGCCCGGGCGGCCGGGCGGCGGGGCAGGGCGUGGCCAGCGUGGGCGUGCUGACUCGGCUUCAGGCCACAAGCGAGUUCAUGGGCUGGGUGCGGGGCGUGCAGGCGCGCUGGACGCGGGGGGCGGGGGCGGCUGCGGGCCGGGCGGUGCUGGAUGCCUGGGAUGUGGGGCGAGAUGACGCGACAGAGGUAUCGGACCGCCUGCACGAGCUGGUGGGGAAGUUUGCUGCGGACGAUGACGGGAACCACUAUUGAGGGAAGCACAAGGGAUCAGGCGCGUGGCCGCGUGCUUGGCCUUCAGGCGGUGUGCGCUCGAGCGGCUGGGUGCUCGGCUGGGGCCGCGGCAGGCUGCGGUGUCAGUCGCAUCGUGUGGCACAGUAUGGCUCGCGCUCCCCCAGCUUAACAUGUAAUAACUGCGCAGC